AUGGGUGAUGUUGUAGUGUUACAAUUUCAAUAUAGGGGUAUAGAUGUUGCUGUUAAUGUUGACGAUAUUGAUAAGGUGAACUUAAUAGACCUAAUAGUUGAAUGUUUUGCUAACCUACCUGACGAGAAGGAAAUAUAUGUAUGGGUUGUGGAUGGUCUUAAGGAUACUCAGGUUGUGGCAGCUGCUAGGUCACUUAUUUUAGGAAGUGCUAGUGCUAGGGGACCUAAACUGAUUCCUAGAAGGAGACAGAACACUUUUAUUGAAGCUGAGGUCAUUAGUGAAGAAGAAUUUCAGAGGCGUGUUGCUAGUUUGAAAACCCCAGAGACUACACCCCAAGUUGAAGCUUAUAUACCUGAGGGCACUAAUAUUGAAGACACUUGGGCUGAUAUUUUGAGUGAUGAACCUCAAACACUGGAGAGUUUGGUGGAGGUCAGAAUUCUGAAUCAUCUAAGUCUUCUAGGGCACCAGCCAUAUUUAGGAGAAAACUUCCUAGGACUACUGCAAAGAUCGAGGAAGGGAAUUGUGAUUAGUGUGAGUGCAUCUGGUGGUGAUAGUGAUCUGAACACUGUGAGUGCAGUUAGGAGUAGAAAGAGAAGUAGUUUAGUUAGCUUGGGUGAUGACAGUAAUGGGUAUGACAAUCAAAGUUUGUCUUUAUAUGAGGAUGAAGAUGAUGGGGGUUAUGAACCAAAUGAGAGUGAUAAUGGAGAUGAUACUGAUGAGAGUGUUGACACUGAAGAUGACCUAUCUAGGGAUGAGUAUGGUCCAAUGAUUGAAGAUGCUUUUGAUCUAUAUGAUGAGCCUGUUUUUGAGUGUGAGAAGGAUGAGGACUAUUGUUUUUGUAAGCUUUACAAUAAUGGGGAAGUGUAUCAGGAAAUGGGUUUUGGGAGAAUAGUGUCGAAACCAUGGCAAUUAUUCAUUAACAAACAACAUCUUAGGGAUGUUGUAAGGGACUACUGUAUUCAGUGUGGUUUUGUUAUAAUAGUUUACUAUGCUAGUAACUCUAGAUACAUUGUUAGAUGCUCUGAUGCACACUGUGGGUGGAGAUUACAUGUUGUUGUUCUGCCAGAUGGUACCACUUGGGCUAUUAAACUGAUUCAAAACUCUGAACACACCUGUCAAGGGUUAGAGACUAGGAACAACAUGGUUAAUGUUAGAUGGGUAAAAAGUGUGUUAAUGGAUGACAUUAGAGCAAACAAUGACAUUUGCUAAGUUAUUGAAUGAGCUUUUGUGGAAAAGGUUUGGUGUAGAAAUGGCCCAGUCAACGUUGUACAGAGUGAGAGCUAAGGCUUUAGAAGAAAUCCAUGGAGGGCUUCAUGUGUCUUACAAGUUGUUGCUAGUCUAUUGUGAUGUGAUUAGAGCUAUGAACCCGAAUUCCUUAGCUUUCUGUGCUUAGAAUCCUCCCAACCAUCCAGAGAGCCAUUAGCAUUUAGUAGCAUUUUCAUAUCAUUUAAGGUUGCAAUGGAUGGGCUAUUUGCUGGUUGUAGAAGCAUAAUUGGGGUUGAUGGAACUCACCUAAAGGGAAACUUUGGUGGAGUGCUACUGUCAGCUGUGGCUUUGAAUGCAAACAAUGAACUUUUUUAAGUUGCCUGGGCAAUAGUUUGGGCAAUAGUUAGAGCUGAAGACACUAAAAGCUGGAAGUUUUUCAUCUGGCAUCUCAAAAAUGCAUUGAAGGACAGUGGCAGAGGAGAUGAAUGGUGUAUCAUCUCAGAUAGGCAAAAGGGAAUACAAGUGGCACUAACUGACUUGCGGCCUAAAGUGGGAAGAAGAUACUGCUGCAAGCAUCUAGUCAAGAAUUUCAAGGGAGAAUUUCCCGGCCUACUUAUGUUCUCACUCUAUUGGAAAGCAGCUAGGGUUUACAACCCUUUUUUACUUUUAGAAAGGCAAUGGAAUCUCUAUAGAAGGCUAACCCAUUAGAAUUAGUUUGGUUGUCAAAAGUUGGACCCCAAUCAACAUGGUCUAAGCAUGCUUUCAACUCUGCCAUAAAGUGUAAUGUGAACAAGUCUAGUUUUGUUGAAAGCUUUAAUGCAACUUUGGGCAUUAAUAGAUGCAGACCUGUUCUUACUUUACUUGAAGUAGCCCGUUCAAAAUAGCUUAUGUUAAUGAUCUUAUGCUACAUUAAUACAACAUAAUAACCAUCUUUUGCUUAACUGUUA